CCUGUGAGCCUGAAGCCUCUUGUAGCCACCAGCACGGCUCCCCGGCGUUACUCUGCGCUCUUUCCUAGGCGGGCGGCGCUGCUUGGAGGCCCGGACUGCGCGGGGCUGGGGAGGCCGGGUGCCGGCCGCGCGCGGGGCCUCGGCGCUGCAGAGUCGGCGCAACAGAGUUUCCAGAAAGAACUAGCCAAGCUCUCCUGGACGCCGGAUCGGACUCAGGGAGAGAACCAGCCGUUUGACUGAAACUUGGGGCCGAUCUUCUGGGGCUGAAGGAGGCGGGGGGUGCGGAGGAGAACGAGGCGACGGCGGCCAGCGGAGCCUCGAGGCGAGGAGGCGGAACAGCACCGACGAGGCGGCGGCCCGGGCGUGCAGGCGGCGGCGUCCGGUUCUCUCCUGGCGGAAGCCGGACUUGGAACGGACAACGCGCGCAUCGCGGUGCGCCGGGGCGCCGGGAGACUUAAGCAAACUUUGAAGGGUAAGCGGAGACGCUCACCCUUUCCUAGGCGUGGAGAAAACCACACCGUUACGUCUCGGCCGGGAGGGUAAGACGACCCCCUCGGAAUCCCCAACCCAGGCCGAAGAGUUUGGGCCCCCAGCGGCCGCGUGAGUGCCACGCGGAGGCGGCUGCGGCGCCCCACGGCUGGCGGCCUCGUCCCCGCGGCGCCCACGGCCCGGCCUCGGCGCCGGUAGGACUCUCAUGCGCCGGGCUCGGCGGCGCCUGCCAGCAUCCAAGCCUCUCCCAGGAGCUUCGUCUCUUCCCUCCAGCUGAGACUGCCGCUGCACCCGCGGCCGGCGAUGCGGGACCCCGGCACCGCGGCGUCGCGCUCGCCCCUGGGCCUGUGCGCCUUAGUGCUGGCGCUGCUGGGCGCCCUGCCCGCGGGCACCUGGGCGCAGCUGUACCACGGCGAGAAGGGCAUAUCGGUGCCGGACCACGGCUUCUGCCAGCCCAUCUCCAUCCCGCUGUGCACGGACAUCGCCUACAACCAGACUAUCCUGCCCAACCUGCUGGGCCACACGAACCAAGAGGACGCGGGCCUCGAGGUGCACCAGUUCUACCCUCUGGUGAAGGUGCAAUGUUCCCCGGAACUGCGCUUCUUCUUGUGCUCCAUGUACGCGCCCGUGUGCACGGUGCUGGACCAAGCCAUCCCGCCGUGCCGCUCCCUGUGCGAGCGUGCCCGCCAGGGUUGCGAGGCGCUCAUGAACAAGUUCGGCUUCCAGUGGCCUGAGCGGCUGCGCUGCGAGCACUUCCCGGUGCACGGAGCGGGAGAGAUCUGCGUGGGCCAGAACACGUCCGACGGCUCCGGGGGCGCGGGCGGCAAUCCCACCGCCUAUCCUACUGCUUCCUACCCGCAGGACCUGCCUUUCACUGCGCACCCCCCCCUAGAUGGCCGAGGCCGCCCCUCUUUCCCUUUCUCGUGCCCGCGCCAGCUCAAGGUGCCCCCCUACCUGGGCUACCGCUUCCUAGGUGAGCGAGACUGCGGUGCCCCGUGCGAGCCGGGCCGGGCUAACGGCCUCAUGUACUUUAAAGAGGAGGAGAGGCGCUUCGCCCGGCUCUGGGUGGGCGUGUGGUCCGUGCUUUGCUGCGCCUCGACGCUCUUCACCGUGCUCACCUACCUAGUGGACAUGCGGCGCUUCAGCUACCCAGAGCGGCCCAUCAUCUUCCUAUCGGGCUGCUACUUCAUGGUGGCCGUGGCGCACGUGGCGGGCUUUCUCCUGGAGGACCGUGCGGUGUGCGUGGAGCGCUUCUCGGAUGAUGGCUACCGCACGGUGGCGCAGGGCACCAAGAAGGAGGGCUGCACCAUCCUCUUCAUGGUGCUCUACUUCUUCGGCAUGGCCAGCUCCAUCUGGUGGGUCAUUCUGUCCCUCACUUGGUUCCUGGCGGCCGGCAUGAAGUGGGGCCACGAGGCCAUAGAGGCCAACUCGCAGUACUUUCACCUGGCUGCGUGGGCUGUGCCCGCGGUCAAGACCAUCACCAUCCUGGCCAUGGGCCAGGUGGACGGGGACCUGCUCAGCGGGGUGUGCUACGUGGGCCUGUCGAGCGUGGAUGCGCUGCGGGGCUUUGUACUGGCGCCCCUGUUCGUCUACCUCUUCAUCGGCACGUCCUUCCUGCUGGCGGGCUUUGUGUCUCUCUUCCGCAUCCGCACCAUCAUGAAACACGACGGCACUAAGACGGAGAAGCUGGAGAAGCUCAUGGUGCGCAUCGGCGUCUUCAGCGUGCUCUACACCGUGCCGGCCACUAUAGUGCUGGCCUGCUACUUCUACGAGCAGGCCUUCCGCGAGCACUGGGAGCGCACCUGGCUCCUGCAGACCUGCAAGAGCUACGCGGUGCCCUGCCCGCCAGGCCACUUCCCGCCCAUGAGCCCUGACUUCACAGUCUUCAUGAUCAAGUACCUGAUGACCAUGAUCGUGGGCAUCACCACUGGCUUUUGGAUCUGGUCAGGCAAGACCCUGCAGUCCUGGCGUCGCUUCUACCACAGACUCAGCCACAGCAGUAAGGGGGAGACUGCAGUAUGAACCCCGGCCCCUCCCCCACCCUUGCCACUCCACCCCCUUGCUGGAGGAGAGGCUCGGUAGGGAAAGAACAACUGCUUGGGGGAGGAGGCUUGUUUUCGAAGCCUACCCCCUCCACCUGGAAGUGAGAAGUUACUUGGAAGUGAGAGAUUUGCGGUGAGAAAGGUGGUUUUGAGAGGAGGUCUGAGUUUUGAUAAAGCGGUUUGGAUGAAAAGACUUGUGGCAGAGACUUGCAAGAUGAUGCUAACUGGGAAACGUUUGGGCCGGCUAGGGCCUAUGGGAAAAGCUGAGGUCUGCGGACUGCUGUGAGUUCUUCCUGGUGCCGGAGCUGAGCUGGGGCUGGGAGUGCAUCCCCUGCUGCAAGGCAAGCGGCUGGCCUCACUCCUGGGAGGCAGGGGGGAAAAGGUACAGCCGCGUCUGCAGCCGCAGCUUUGUGGCGAAGAGGGCAGACCCCCUGCGGUGCCCUUGUCAAGCGGUGGUCAAACCAUAAUCUCUUUUCACUAGGGCCAAACCUGAACCCAGAUGGGUUAAUUUCUAGGGUCAGACAUUACAAUCCCUCCUCCCCGGCCUCCUCCCGCCUGUUUUUUCCUCCCCUACUCCUUUCAAGUCUUGUAAAAUAAGCAUUUGGGAGGCCUGCCUGCUAGAAUCCUAAUGUGAAGAUGGAGAGAAAUGACGGUAGCAUUUUCAAGAUGAGGCUAAAGAGAACAGUAGUAGAUAUUUCUGCUACCCUUUCAUUUCCUAGGAAAGGCAGGAGGCAGAAGGAAGAGUGUUUUGUUUGGUUUAAUACUCUGAAAAGAAGUGAUGACUUGUUGCUUUUCAAAACAGGAAUGCAUUUUCCCCCUUGUCUUUGUUGUAAGAGACAAAAGAAACAAAAGUGUCUCCCUGUGGAAAGGCGUAACUGUGAAGACAGCAAUUUUUAUAGGCAAAGCAGCACAAAUCUGAGGUUUCCCCUUGGUGUUAAUUUGAUUGAGGUAAACAUUCCUUUUUAAGGAAAAGUGGAGGGCAGUGUGCUUUCGUACCCAUUCUGCCAGAGGUUCUGAUUCGGAUCAAGGAAAGCAAGGAGCUUCCUUGUUUGUUUUAAACACAUUUAACUCAGAAUACAUGAUCUAACAGGCUCUGUUCAAGUGUUUAGUAAAAUCUCUGCUUUCACCCCCCCAACCCCUUGCUAGAAGCCUAGAUUUAGUUUCUAUUUUUUCCCGUCUAAUUUGUAUCCUUCAAGAUAAAAGAAAGUGCAUGCUCGCAGCAUCAUAAUAAAGUUUGAGUUUUUUUAAAGUUAAAAAUCCAUUUUGCCCACAUUUUUUUCUUCAUUCCAUAAAUGUGUUUCUAGAAUACAUGUGCUGACCCUGCCUCUGGUUGGGUGGAGAGGUGAUCUGCAGAAAUGAUAGUGAUGGAAGAGGAAAGUUUGAACCAUUUUUAAAGAAAGUCAUUAGAGGAAGGUAAACUUCAAAGUGAUUCUGGAGUUCUUUGAAAUGUGGUAGAAGACUUAAAUUUAUUAAUCUUAAAUCAUGUACUUUUUUUCUGUAAUAGAAGUCUGGUUCCUUGGCAUAAUGGUGUAAAGCUGAGCAAAGGAUCAUGGGAGCUAAGCUUUACACCACCUUUGACACUGCUCUUGGAUCUUGCAACACGGUCCUGUUUCUCAGAACAGUUUUUAAAUGCCAAUCGGGGUACUGUCAAGAGUUCAAAUUCCACUAUCUGUGUGAGCUAGGUUGAAUAGAGCUGCUUUUACAGUAAAGUUAAAAUUGAUCUUGUAUUUCUUUUUUUUUUUUUUUUUCGGUUUUUUUUGAGACAGGAUUUCUCUGUAGCCCCAGCUGUCCUGGAACUCACUAUGUAGACCAGGCUGGCCUUGAACUCACAGAGAUUCACCUGCCUCUGCCUCCCGAGUGCUGGGAUUAAAGGCGUGUGCCACCACGCCCGGCUUGAUCUUGUAUUAAACCUUCAAAAUUAUCUCACGUGUCAGAAUUUUUCAAACUGUCACUGCACAGGUUUUUGGCAUCUUUUGUGUUGUAUCUCAUAAUUGCAUGUGAAAUUUGUAAAAUAGAGACAGUGCAGUAUGUAUAUUUUGUAAAUCUCCCAUUUUUGUAAGAAAAUAUAUAUUGUAUUUAUACAUUUUUACUUUGGAUUUUUGUUUUAUUUUGCCUUUGAAGAUCUGCAAUGAAACCCCACUUUAUCACAUGUACAGAUCACAAAUAAAUUUUUUAAAAAA